AUGUUAUUAGAUGUUCUGGAAAGAUUAAAUAGUUUUAAAAUAGUUUUAGCAUCAGGUUCUCCAAGAAGAAUAGAAUAUUUAUCAAAGCUUGGACUAAAAUUCGAAAUAGUUGAAUCUAAAUUUGAAGAAAAUUUAGAUAAAUCAAAAUUUUCAUCAGCAUAUGACUAUUGUUUAGAAAAUGCCAAAUUAAAAGCUAUACAUACAAAUAGACAACUUUUUGAAAAGAAUAAUAAAUAUCCAAAUAUUACUAUAGGUGCCGAUAGUAUAGUUGUUUAUAAUAAUAAAAUCUUUGAAAAGCCAAAGUCAUUAAAGGAAGCAAAGGAAAUGUUGGCAUUUUUAAGUGGAAAAUCUCAUUUUGUUUGUACUGCUGUUCAUAUAGAGUUCAACAAUGAAUCUAAUCAAAAGAAGGGUCAAGAAAGUUUUUAUACCCUAACUCAAGUAGAAUUUGAUAAUUUAUCAUCAGAUUUAAUAGAAUAUUAUGUCGAAAAUUAUAAACCAUUAGAUAAAGCCGGCUCAUACGGAAUUCAAGAAAUACCUGCAGGUUCAUUUAUAAAGAGAAUUGAUGGAGAUUUCUAUAAUGUAACUGGUAUGCCAAUUCACGAUAUUUCAAUUCAUCUUAGAAAAGUUUAUGAUCAAAAUUUUAAAUAA